AUGUACCGACGCUCAUAUGACCUUGUGGAACUGAGUGCGUUAGACCUGAUGUUGGAAGACAUGGGGAUUUUUCAACUUUUCCGCCGGAAUGCCAUCGCGUCUGCCUUGGGAGAUCAGGCAUGGCAGUUAGAGGAAGCACUAGGAUUUGGAGCGUACAACGCUAAAGUGUGUCCUAGGCCAGAGUUUUUCAAUGAAACUGAAACUGAAAGCAUUCAUCGACCAGACUGCACUCGACCAUGGGAUACUACAACGCAGUUGUGUGCAUGCUCCGAGCCUGUGCCAUCGCACCACGAAUCAACUGCCCCACCUACUGAAUCAACUCAUCCGAGGUCUAGAAUGAGAGCGACGUCGUUACGUGAUAUGCCGGAGGCUUCUGCUGCAUGUUACGCAGAGUUUUUGAAUGAGUCAGAAGAUCGAGAAGAACAUCCUUCACUCCCUUCGUUUAACGCAAGUGGAGAUGACGAACCUACAACAAGUAACGCACAGGCAGCAUCGACAUCCCUUAUUAACUCUAUAGUUGCGCAGAGUUCUCUACCAACAGUGAAGCUUGAAACGGAUGAGUCAGCAGCUGGACCAAGCGGUUUUGACAACUCAAUUGCGGCACUCGCAGAAGGGCUUCCUAUGCCGUCGUCGGACCUGUUGUCACCUGAUGGUGGUGCAGAUGGAGCUGAUAACAGGAAGGCGAACAACAAGAAAAAACGGCCAGAUCGUUUCAAGCGAGCAAGACAGAAACGUGUCAAGGAAAUAAAGCGAGAAGUUGAUGGACUGGUCAUACCCGCGCGUAACAAAGCACUUCCGCUAAAGAAUGUCAUCCAAGGGUCGAAGACUGUGGCUGCUGCUCUUGCUGCUGCUCUUGGAUCAUCCACCUCUCCGACGGAUGCAUCUCAUUCCCAAGCUGUUCCGCAGACAGAGCAGAGAGCUGAAACUCAGGAGGAGCGGACAGGAUCCAUACGUUCUUGA